GGGACGGGAUGAGAGCGCGUCUGAGGCGCAGCCUACACUGAAUUCGAACAGAAGUGUGUGAUGUGUGUUAAGUGUGUUUCACUGUGUGGACGCGGCUGGAUCUCUAAACACAUGCUGCAAGACCCACACUAUUCCUCUGAUCUGGGCUGGGGUUACUGGAGAUGGAGCCGUAAUUUGUGUCUUGACAAGGAGUGAAUAAGACUAUAAAAACUGGGAAGCCUGAUUUUCAGAAGUUUUUCGGUGUGAGUCGUUUGACAGUCAACGAGAUUUCUGGCAAAAUGUGGGGACUGACGGGCAUCAUUGUGUGUUUGCUUCUGGUUUCACAAGAUGUGGAGGCGCAAAGCAAGAUCUUUGGGGAGACGGAGCCUGUGCGGAUGACGUCUGAGGGUUCGGACUGCCGCUGCAAGUGCAUCAUGCGGCCUCUGACACGGGACGCGUGCGCCCGCCUGCGGAGUGGCAGCGUGCGGGUGGAGGACUUCUACACGGUGGAGACGGUCAGCUCGGGCUCCGACUGCAAGUGCUCCUGCACCGCCCCGCCCUCCUCCCUCAACCCCUGCGAGAACGAGUGGAAGAUGGAGAAGCUGAAGAAGCAGGCGCCGGAACUGCUGAAGCUGCACUCUAUGGUGGAUCUCCUGGAGGGAACACUGUACAGCAUGGACCUGCUGAAAGUCCACGCGUACAUCCGCAAGGUCGUCUCCCAGAUGAACAACCUGGAGGAGAACAUAAAGACCAAUCUGACGCGGGAGAAUGACUUUGUGAGAGACAGCCUCAGCUCCCUGACCAAUCAGCUGAAGCGCUACGACAACUACUCCGACAUCAUGAUCAGCAUCAAGAAGGAGAUCUCCAGGCUGGGUCUCCAGCUGCUGCAGAAGGACUCUGGAGCCGCACCCAACAGCAAAGUCCAGGACACGGCGGGCGAGAAGACAAAAGAAGCAAGCAAGUACCCGGCCAAGAAGCAAGAGAAGGCAAAAGCACCGCCCAAGGCAGCCAAGGAGAAACUGGUCAAGCCCAAGAAGGAGGUCACCAAGCCGGACCCCACAGGGAAGGUCAAGGCCACCGGUCACCAGACAGGUGUCAUCAGAGGGAUCACCUACUACAAGGCCACCAAGGCAGACGGCAGAGACGGCAGUGCCAACAGCAGAGAGAAUACAGCCAAGACUCACAACUCGGGCUCUGACAGAGAGGCUCGUGUUGAGGAGAGGCCCAAGGAACCAGACACGUUCCGCGAGGUCGAGGGAACCGACGGUCCUGUCACUACGACGACAGAAACCACUGUGACUAUCGCCCCGACAACCACCACCAAAACUCCCACCACUACUAGCAGUACGACCACCAGCUCCACCACCAGCAAGACCACCAGUAGAGGAGUAGACAGACAAGUGCAGCCUGCCCCCACCAUUCUCCUGAUGUUAGACAACAGUGACAAUAGCAGUCGACUGCUGACAGAUAAAAUUGGUAAGGACGUGGAGUGCGAGGGAACCAUCGCUUCGGUGGAGAUGCCAGUGAAGCACCACAGCUACGGACGGAACGAGGGGGCCUGGAUGAAAGACCCUCUGGCCAAGGACUCCAAGAUCUACGUCACAAACUAUUACUAUGGCAACAACCUGGUUGAAUUCCGCAAUCUGGAGAAUUUUAAACAAGGACGCUGGACCAACCUCUACAAACUUCCCUACAACUGGAUUGGAACCGGCCAUGUGGUGUACAACGGCUCCUUCUACUAUAACCGGGCCUUCACAAAGAACAUCAUCAAGUACGACAUGAGGAUGCGAUACGUGGCCGCCUGGACCAUGCUGCAUGACGUAGUCUAUGAGGACACCACGCCUUGGAAGUGGAGGGGUCACUCAGACAUUGACUUUGCUGUUGACGAAACUGGCCUCUGGGUCAUCUACCCGGCAGUGGACUACGACUACGGCCAGCAGGAGGUCAUAGUGGUCAGCAAGCUGGAUCCCAUGGACCUGUCUAUCAAGAAGGAGACCACCUGGAAGACAGGACUGAGGCGGAAGUCCUACGGAAACUGUUUUAUCGCGUGCGGCGUGCUCUAUGCUGUCGACGUGUACAACCAGCGGGAGGGUGAGUUGUCGUACGCUUACGACACACACACGGGCACGCAGAGAGCCCCACGUCUGCCCUUCAUCAAUGAGUAUGCCUUCACCACACAGAUUGACUAUAACCCCAAAGAGAAGGUGCUGUACGCGUGGGACAACGGGCACCAGGUCACCUACAACAUCAAUUUCGUGGAGCAUACAAAGUCUUAAAAAAAAAAGCCUGACCAAAUAUCUUGCUCCUGGCAACCUUUCCCCUCAAAAUUCCAUCCAACCGAACAAGCACUUUUUUUUCUUUCGUGUUACUCCGAUUAGGGUUUUUUUUUGGUUUUGUAACAGGUUGUUCUUUUGGUUUUUUGUUGUUGCUCUUGCUGCUGUUAAUAAGGUAUCGCCAUGUUCAGUCCAUGUUCAAAGACAGCACCAGACUCGUCAGCUACACUUGUUUUCUUGGCUGUAGACAGCUGAUGGCUCGUAUGUGUUAUUAUUGGUGGUGAUGGGUGAUGAGUCAUGCUUCAGCGAAUCAUGAUAAAGCUCAGACAGAACUCCGACUAAGACUAGUUGUUCGUUAGCUUAUGACAAAGAGACUAACAUGAGCGCUCUCUGAAAUCCGCUAACUGAGGUACAGUCAGGACUGAGAUCAGUUUCUGUCAUUUUUUUUGGUCAAUUGUUUUAUAAAUCCAGGGACAUUCAAGUUCAUUUACACACGUAGUUGUACACACUGUGUAUGGUAAAUUAUGCUUUUCAGUCAGAGAUAUCACUCUGGAGUUUGUUGGACUGCAAUUAUUGAUUAGACCAUAUAUGCCUUUAAUAUGAGUCUGAAUUUGAAUGUUUUCCUUUUUACAACUAACUUUUCUAAGGUUAUAUGUGAUAAGCCUUUUUUUUUAAUUAGAGUACUACUCUGUUAAACUAUGUAAGACUUUGUCAAUCUGUAAAUAUUUUAAUCAUGUACUUCUAAAAAAAAUUGCAAGGUGCUUAGUAGGUUUAACCCAUUGUUCAAUGUAACCUCUUUGACAGAGUUUUCCGCAGGAAGAAGAUAAAUGUAAUUUAAAAGCUGAAAUGAUGCUGAAGUGAGCUCCCCUGGGAGACUAACUGUUGGACUUUAGGCCUUCCCACUGUAAAUAACACGGAAGGCGCACAUGCGAUUGUUUUGUGUUUAAAAGCCUUUGAGAAGUAGACAUCUAGGUCAGUUUUACCCCAUUCUAUGCCAAGUUUGAUAUCAUCAGCAUGUGACUCGUUUAAGGCAUUUUGGUUUCAAUGUGCUCACUUGUUUCAAUCCUCCAGACACGUUUCUACAAUGAACUAAAUAAAUAUUAAAUAAACAUG